UUGAAAAAAUGUGGUGCUUGUGCUUGUAUAGCCAGUACAGCAGGGGCCACUCGUCCUCUUCUAGUAGUCUAAACUCUUGACGCAUAACCCAGAUCCUUCUCAAAUUGAAAGCAAAAAAAAGCUUGAAUCUUUGACAAAAGAGAGCGCUUUCUUGAAGGACAAGACUGCGCGCAUCUAAGUUGGCUCUCUCUGUCUUGCUCGUGCAUGUAAUAAAGCCAUAGCCUUUGAUUCACUCUUCAGAGUAAAAGAGUAACUGAACCCCCGAAGGGUUUUGUUAGUUUGCCCUCCAUAUAUUCGCCAGGGGGCUUCAAAAUACAGCCAGACACGAAAGAAAAAGAGAAGGCUCGGCGGCUCUUCGUAAAGGAGAAAGGAACAAUGGGUGAAUCGGCUUGUCUCUUAAGAUCGUUUUCUCAUCCAUCUGAGGCUUCUCGUGAAGACAGAGAGGUCGACCCAAUUCGUCGUGCCCUCACAGAAUCCAUAUCAUUUGGGAGAUUCAUGUCAGAGUCCUUGGCUUGGGAGAAAUGGUCGACCUUCUCUCAGAAUCGUUACUUGGAAGAAGUUGAGAAAUUUUCGAAGCCUGGUUCUGUUGCUCAAAAGAAAGCUUAUUUUGAAGCUCAUUACAAGAAGAAAGCUGCAAUGAGAGAAGCAGCUUUGCUAGAGAAAGAAAAUACAGCUCCUGAUAGGAUUCCUGAAUCAGAGAUUGCUGAAACUUGUAGUCACUCUUCCGUUGUUGAUUACCUUGCAGCAGCAAAGAGUCAUUUGGAUGUUAAAGAACAAGAAGAGAGUGAGGUCUUCAAUAACGAGAUGCAUCAUUCUGCUGAUCUAAAUGCUUGCAGUUCUUCUAUUGAAGGUGAUAAUAUAAGCACUGCUGCAGUGGAAAUUGUAGAAACUGUUGUGGAACAAAAUGUUGAUACCAGGAUUCCUGCGCCGAUUGAAAACUUAAAGCAGCCUGAAAUUGUUGGAAACCAUGGCCAGAAUGUGUCUGCUCUACAGGAACAGAUACCCAAAAAGGAAGCUUCUGACAGGGAGCGACCAGCUUCAUCGAGUAAGAAAAGACCAUCUAAUUCUUUGUUCAAAUCAUUAACAAUAGAUAGGGCCUACAAACUCCCAUCUUCUCCUGCCAAGGAAGCUUCUUCUGUACAACUCAGAGCUGGAAAUGAAGUUGGUUCGGACUAUAAGAAAUCAACUGAAGACUCAGCCAACAAGAAAUUAAUUGAAAAAAGAGUUGGUUCAAUUGGUAACCGGUCUGCACGAGACUUCAUCAGUAUAAAGAAGUCAACUCCAAAUGCCCUUCACAUGUCAACUAAUUUCACUUCUCGAGCUAGUGUGUCCAGUAAUUCUUCAGGCAAACUGUCCAAGGGCAAUUCGACCCUCCUACAUAAUCCUGCUAGGGCAUCUGUUAAUGGAGUAUUGAAGCAUCCUUCAGUGAUUGGUAAAUCAGAAGAUAGAUGGACUAAAACACCACUAAAUAAGUCGGUUAUGGGAGGAAUAAUGGCAGCUGGAAAAUCUUAUUCUCUCAUUUCCGAACAUCCAAAAUGUUCAAACGCAAGUGGGAUUAAGACACGAGCUCCUAUUGAAUUGUCUCCUUUUAGCUUCAAGAGUGAAGAAAGAGCUGCGAGACGGAAAGAGUUCUUUCAAAAGCUGGAAGAGAAAAACAAAGCUAAGGAGGUAGAGAAAGGGCAACCGCAAAUAAAAUCUAAGAUCCCAGUAACCAAACCUCAAUCACCAAAGCUUAGGAAGCCAAUGCCAACCAGAGUCCAGGACAUAACAAGCUCCCGACCCCCUCGAAGGCCUGCAGCCAAUGCUGAAAAUUCCAGACGUUUCAUUGGGAAUAGCAAGCAAAGUAUAUCUCAAUCAGUCGCUUCCUUACCAAAUAGGAGUGCACUUGAAAAUGCUUCUCCUAACAUCCAACACUGAGUUUAGAGUAAGAGGGUAGGUAAAUCAUACACACGAAGGCAUUGCCAGCCCGCUGAACGGUUGAUGACCAGCUGGUGAUUGCUGGAGCUACUAUUGUGAUUACACAAGAGUCCACAACAAAAGUUUUUUUCUAGUGUUGGCACUGAACUACACGUAAAGGAGUCUUUGUAGGGUAUUCAUAAAUUGUAACAGAGGGCUGUUUCCAGUACCAAGUAAGAAGUAGAGAUUCAUGAUUAUUGUCUCUCUUGUGAAGGCUUAUACUAUGGACAUGAAUCUGAGUUUUGAUACAGAUAAAGCAAUAAAUGGAUUACUUUUUAUAGGA